UGAACGCAGGGCGGAGCCUCGGAUGGUGCGUGUGCGCGCGCGCAGGUCACUUACUUAGGUGCGACCUUAGCGAGGAGCGUCUGUGCCAUGGCUCUCCUGCUUCGGGGAGGACGAAUCCGGGCACUGAAGGCUGUCAUCUUCCCUGUUGACUCUCCCCAGGCUGUGUUCCUGGAGGCAAGGGUGUUCCGAGAACUGCCUUCCACGGUGCCCCUUUCUACAGAGUCAGGGAAGAGUGGAGGGGGAAUACAACCAAAUCCCAAGAAUCAAAGUGCACCCACAGAUGUGGUGGGAGCAGAGGAGAGGGGCAAGCUCCUAGCCACCCACACAGCAGCGCCACUGUCCAAAAGUGCAUCUCCACGCAGUUCUUACCCAGCAGUGGAGAACACAGGUGGGGCUGUAGCCGGCCCACACCCUGGUGGCAGCCUGCCACUCACAGAUGAAGGGCUUCCGAAGCGUUUGUCAAGAAAGACUUUGGUAGAGUUUCCUCAGAAAGUUACAUCUCCACCCCAAGUACAGGGUUCUGACUCAGAGGCUCGGCGGCAUGUGCAGAAGGGGACAAAUGAUUCAUCCUCAUCCUCAUCUUCCUCCUCCAACUCCUCAGAUUCAGACUCUGAUGGGGAGGGACAUGUGUCCAACAUUGGUCCCCAAGUGGCCAGCAAAGGCAAGGCAGGGUUUUACAAACCAGAGGCCUCUCGUCCCUUCCAGAACGGAGUCCCCAAAAUCACAGUACCUGCAAAAGAGAAAGCCAAGGUGCAAAAGCCACGCACAGAUGUCACCUACCCAGAGAAGUCCCAGCAGCCAAAGAAGAAAGGGACCAUCACCAAGCCUGUAGGGGACAGCAAAGAAGCCAAAUCCAAGCCCAUGGCAUCCAGAUCACAGUCCAGUGAGCUUUUGGAGCAAACCGUGAAGGAAGAACACCCGCAGGAGAAACCGAGGCCAAGUAAGACAAGGAAGGAAAGUCCAAAGCCUUUUGAAGCUGAAAGAAUCGUACCCGACCGUACAAAGGCCAGGUCAUCUGCACAGCUCGCUGGUGGCUCAGUGCCCACAACCAGAACACAAGGGGCCAGUGCAGAAGAACAGCUGCCAGCAGCCGCGCCCAGGGCCGGAGCCAGACAUCUGGAACCACAAGGGCCAGAGCCUGAGUGGAAGGCAGCUUCUCCCCGGGUCCUGGUCGGAAAAGAAAGCCCGGAGAAGCAGGUACCCGAAGGCUGCCCAACAGCCAAGGUGGAGACCUUGGAAGAUCAGAUACCAGUGAGCUAUUCGAAGACAGUUCCUGUUCAGAAGAAAGAUACCUUGGAAGAGAAAGCAGGACCACAGCUGGAGGGGAGCUUCCAGGAGGCAGUCGGUGAAGCCCCGCCCACUGAUGCAGGCCCACCCCAGGAAGCCCCAGACGACACACAGGAGCCCACUCUGGUCCCUGAGUCAUCUAACACCACCACCUACAAGAACCUACAGCAUCAUGAGUACAACUCAUACACCUUCCUAGACCUGAACCUGGACCUCUCCAAGUUCAGAAUGCCUCAACCCUCUUCAGGACGAGAGUCACCUCGGCACUGAGCUCAGCUCCCGGGAGCCCCAUUCCAGUCCCAUGAAUUCUUGCCUGCGAGAAUAAAUAUCAGUCACAAGG